UUCGUGACGCGUCAGUUUCAGCUCAACGUUCGCAGUGUACGGAUCACAUUUAUCGCGUGUGCCAAAAGCCGAGAAAAUACAAAUUACUCACAUCUAUCAAGGCCGCUAGUGCUGCUGCAGUGGUGUGAUUCCUAAUUUGUGUGCGCUGUUAGCAAAUAGUAGUGUGCGGCAAAGUUUCGGAGACCAGAGGUACAAACAAACACAAUCUUGCAACAAUGAGCUCAUCGCAGUAUUAUCCAUUCCAAUGCACCCCGACCGUCUAUCCGGCGGAUCCGUUUGAUGCUGCCGCGGACGCCGAAGUUCUACGCAAGGCGAUGAAGGGAUUCGGCACCGAUGAGAAGGCUAUCAUCGAAAUCCUGGCCCGCCGCGGUAUUGUCCAGCGUCUAGAAAUCGCUCAGACCUACAAAACCGCAUACGGCAAGGAUCUGAUCAAUGACCUGAAGUCGGAGUUGGGCGGGAAAUUCGAGGAUGUUAUCUUGGCCCUGAUGAUUCCAUUGCCACAGUUCUACGCGAAGGAAUUGCAUGAUGCCAUUUCCGGUAUCGGUACCGACGAGGAGGCAAUCAUCGAGAUUCUGUGCACGCUCUCCAACUACGGUAUCAAGACGAUCGCCGAGUUCUACGAACAGCUGUACGGAGUGUCAUUGGAGUCGGACCUGAAGGGCGAUACAAGUGGGGCCUUCAAGCGUUUGUGCGUCUCGUUGGUGCAAGGUGCUCGCGAUGAGAACAAUGGUGUCGAUGAGGGUGCAGCUGCCGCUGAUGCUCAGGCACUUUUCGAAGCCGGAGAAGGCCAAUGGGGCACAGAUGAGUCCAUCUUCAAUCAAAUUCUAAUCACAAGAUCAUACCAGCAAUUGCGUGCCGUGUUCGAAGCUUAUGAAAGCAUCGCUGGACACCCUAUUGAGGACGCCAUCAAGAGGGAAUUUAGCGGAGCGAUCGAGGAAGGCUUCAAGGCCAUUGUGCGUUGCGUCCGAUCCAAGGUUCAGUACUUCGCCAAACGUUUGCAUCAUUCGAUGGCCGGUCUCGGUACCAACGAUAAGACGUUGAUCCGUAUUGUGGUUAGUCGUUCGGAGAUCGACUUGGGCGAUAUCAAGGAGGCAUUCCAGGAAAUGUACGGAAAGUCGCUGGAGUCCUGGAUUAAGGAGGAUUGCGACGGUGAUCUGGGCGAUUUAUUGGCAACUCUGGCUUCCUAUUAGAGCCUAGAAUGCAUUUGUGCAACACUAUUUUACGAUCCAAUAGUUAACGAAACAAUUAGUAUGAUAGGAUGUUUGUCAGGAAAAUAUAUUCUCCAUUAGGGUGACGCAUUUCGGUAGGGAGGGUUGCUCUUAUUCCUUGGUCUCGGCUUAAACUUUUGCAACAUUGGAAUCGGAUACCCACACUACAGGUUUGUUUUCUUGCCUUUCCUAUUCUAGGAUGACCUGGGAAGCGAUCUUGGCGAUUUACUUGCCAUGCUAGCAUCAUAUUAGAACCGAGGAAAAAGUAACACCAAGCUCGUCUGAUUUUGUCGUUUAUAUUUAUUAAAAUCAACAGUUUGUGUAGCAGUAAACAGACUUCGAAAUGUUUCUGGACAUUACCAAAAUUCCACUGCUUAUAUAUUAUAAUGUGAGUGGCAUUACGCCAUAUUUAUUGCGUUAAACUUUUAUUUUUGAAUUUGUCAAUUGUUGUUAAAAUGGAUGGGAUAAUAAAUGUAUCUAAAAUGCCUUUGUGCUGAACUCAAAA